CCUUUCUUCCUUCUCAACCCUUCCACAUCUCCUAUUCUACUUUAUUUUCCCAACAGUACUCAUACAUAUUUCAAACAUGGACAAGAUCGCAGGUCUCCUUCAGCAACAAGUGAUGCAGCGUUUAGCUGGCGGUGGUGCUGAUAGCGACGACGAUGACGAUGUGAAGGAGGUCAAGCGUGAAUCGCUGAACAAAGUUGCUCAGCAGGGCGUUGAGGCACCUACUGAUUCUGAUAUCGACGAUGCUAAAGCCGCACACGACAAAGUCUACCAGCAAGGACAGUCUAAGGAAGCCUCGGAUGAGGAGCUCGGCAAGGCUGCUGGAGUAGAAGCCUUCAAGGCCUGCGAUGGAGACGAAGACAAGGGUGAUUUUGUCCAAAAGGCUAUGGCAGAGGCUAUGAAGUUGAUUUCAGGCGGUGGAGGAGCUGAUAAGAGCGCUAUUAUUCAAACUGCCAUCGCAACGGUCACCAAAUUAUUUAUGAGCAAAGCUGGUGGUGCAGGUGGUAGUGGUGGUGGUAACCAAUUAGCUGCGCUUUUGGGUAAUCCUCAGGUCAAAGCAGCAAUGGAGAAUCCACAGGUUGCAGGUCUUCUCAAGAAGUUUAUGUAAUUUGUUUUGUUCCUGUCAUAGUAUGAAAAGGAAAGUUUUUUCUGCUGUUGUAAAUAUCAAAUACAGAUUUUGAACCUGCCGAGUUUAACAAGAGAUCAUGUGGGCAAGAAGGAAACUCUUUGAGGUCACGGGAAAGGUG